AUGAGCCUAGCAGCCAAGCGUUCUAGUCGCCUGGGAGGCACCAAAUCUAAGACCGGAAUUCGCCGUGUGAAGUGUGGCGAGGAGAAGCCAUACUGCCUAAGAUGUACCAGUACAGGACGGCGGUGCGGCUAUAGCACUGGCUUCCGCCCUAUUGGGCGGCCCCAGCUGGCCAUCGCAACCUUUUCAUAUCAGGCAUCGCGAGAGCGUCGUGCAUUUGAAUAUUACUUCUACAAUGCUGGCCCGUCUCUUUCAGGAGACUUAGAUCAGUCUUUUUGGAGGGGUUUGGUCCUCCAAGUCUGCCGGACACAGCCAGUUAUUUGGGACGCGAUCAUCUCGCUCAGCGUGCUUUAUGAACGACCUCCUAUUCACGAGACGCCUCCCUGGGUGCUUAUGAAUGGCCCAGCUGCGGUGCGAGAUCGAUACCAUCGUGAAGCGCUAGUUUGGUACUCGCGCUCGCUGGCUCUCCUACAGCAACGUAUUAACCAGGGGACGGCAGAUCUGAUGGUUUCCUUGACCGGCUGCAUCCUCUUCAUUGCUAUCGAGCUCCUGCAGGGAAAUCGCAAAGCUGCUUAUAUCCUGUACAAAAAAGGCGCCCAAGUGAUUGCUCGUGCUACACCAACAGCAGCAUCUACCAUCGCUACCCUCGACCCUAUCUUCCGCCGUUUGGGAACAUGGGUCUUCAUCGCCAAUGAACCGUUAGAAGAAAGCUGGGAUCUUUAUUUGGCCGUUCCAGAGGAGCGGUUUAUAUCGAUUGCAGAGGCAAGAAACAUUCUGUGUAGUAUCGUAGUCGAGAUGAAGGCCCUCAACAUUGACUCCAAGGCCUAUCUACGCCGAACCGCAGAUAGCCGGCUUCUCAAGAUGUCAGAGCUGGUGGCUAGACAACAGCGCCUAAAAGCCCGCCUCGCCCAAUGGUACCGCAUCUUUACAUACCUGAAGCCUAUGGAUGGCACGAACGUUGACGGUGCAACCGCGCUUCUUCUUAUGACAUAUACAAGCGUCUUUAUCGAAACAGAAGUCAUGCUGAAUCCGAACCAAGGUGUAUAUGACGCCUACGAAUCUGAAUUCGCCCAGAUCAUUGGCUUUGCCCCCACUGCGGUUGCAUGGACACGCGGCUCGGAAGGGAAGCAACCGGGGUUCAUGUUUGAGAUGGGCGUAUUCCUCCCACUUUUCAUCACAGGCCUCAAAUGUCCAUUCCCCGAGCUACGCCGUCAGGCAUUACGGUAUAUGGGCGAGGCUCCCCCGGCACAAGGACUGUUCAUGUGCGCUCCUACCGCUCAUAUCUUGGCCAUUCUUAUUGCGCUAGAGGAGAAUCCCGACCUUCUGCCAGGACAAGCCUCUCAAGUAUAUGAUCUACUGGCCAAACCCGGACAUGUCCCACCAGCCCAAUACCGGACAUGUGAUUUCAAUGUGUCAUCAGUUCUGGACGAGGAGGGCAAGACGCGGAACUGGUUGAACUAUACACUCCACCACUUUGACGAAGAGGGGACGAUACAGCUCAUAGAGAAAGGGGUACCAUUUCCCUGGGUCGGUUCGUAA